AUGCACUUUCGUGCGUACGCCGAGCUAAGCACGGCCCUUGGACCAUAUCAGGGCUCUACUAGAUGUUGUCCAAGGCUUUUUGACCUGACCUUUGCUUCUUCGAAUCCGUUUCCCAGAUUUGAACAAAACGGAGAAACUUUGCAUGUAGGUCAAAAUGCUUUUGAGAUAUACCAAUCGGCUCAUCCAAACUUUACCGUACGGAACUUUUUCAAGAAUGCCGGGUUUUCAUGUGAAGAAACAACGAAGCUUUGUUCGUUUGGUGGGCGACAGUUUGUUUGCUGCCAACUCCUGGAUGCAAGAAAAAGAUAA